AAAAACUCCCAUUGCAUUCUUGAACUCCAGUUUCUGCAAAGGCAUCAAAUUCAAACUGGUUCAGCUAGCUUGCUAGCUAACUAUGGGUCUGAUGAAAAUGGCGAUUCUGUUCUUGGCCAUGGCAGCAUUUGGCCUCACAGAAGCCGUUGACAUCAGUCAGCUGAGACUACUGGCAGCUAAAAACAACAUGACAUGUGUGUUGGUUUUUGGAGAUUCUAGUGUUGAUCCAGGCAACAAUAACCGUCUUGACACUACAAAUAAAGGCAACUUCCCACCUUAUGGGAAGGAUUUCAUCAAUGGCCGCCCUUCUGGAAGGUUUACUAAUGGCAGACUUACCACAGAUUUCAUAGCGGAGGCACUAGGGUACAAGAAGAUUAUACGAGGUUUCCUCGACCCACAUCUGAACAAGAUAGACAUGUUGCAUGGCAUUAGUUUUGCAUCAGCAGCUUCGGGUUACGAUGAUCUCACAGCAAAUCUCUCAAGUGUUAUAUCCUUAUCCAAACAAAUGGAGUAUCUCAAGCAUUACAUGAUACACCUGAGGCGGCUGGUGGGAGCAACCAAAGCUGAAGAACUUAUAAACAAUGCUGUUUUUGUUUUAAGUAUGGGAACCAAUGAUUUUCUCCAAAACUACUUUCUGGAACCUGUACGUUCAAAACAAUUCAGUGUGGCACAAUACGAAGAUUUCUUGAUCACUUCUAUGUCUAGUGCCAUCAAGGAAAUGCACUCUAUAGGAGCAAGAAGAGUAGUGGUAGUGGGAGUUCCCCCUCUUGGCUGCCUCCCACUAGUAUUGACGUUUCGGGGUGAGACCAAAUGCGACGAAGCAUUGAACAAAUUGGCCCUUUCAUUCAGUACAAAGUUAAGGCAAGAGUUGACAAGCUUAAAAGGGUCCCUGGGGCUUAAAACUUCCUUUGUGGACAUAUACACCAUCAUAGGAACAGUAAUUCAGAAUCCAAAAUCAUAUGGUUUUACAGAGGCAUUAAAGGGCUGUUGUGGGACAGGAACCUUUGAAUAUGGCAGCACUUGCCGGGGUUUGGCUACGUGCUCUGACCGGACAAAGUAUGUGUUUUGGGAUGCAGUUCACUUCACAGAGAGCCUGUACGGGAUUCUUGCUGAUGAAGCUUUAAAAACAAUCAGUGUUGAUCUUCUUAAUUGAGGAAAGAAUUAUUUUGCUUAGCAACCUUGUGAGUUUGCUGAAAGAAAUUAAGCUCCAAAAAGAAAAAAGGAGGAGGAAAGGGCUGCUAAUUAUGCAUUGAGUUGAGGAUAAAAAGAAAUGUUGCAAAUUCUUGAGUGCAGCCGUCGCAGAGUCGUUUAUUGUACUCGUGAAAUGAAUUGUUAGAAGAGAUAUUAUUGAAAUGUAAAAGUGGUUUCUUUAUUGCGAAUUUGACGAAUAACCAAACUGAGAUGAACUCUUUUUUCA